AUAUUCUGCUAGUUGCUCAGCGAGAUGGAGAACGAAAGGCUCGCCGCCUUCCAGCGCACCCUCCACCCCUCCCCCAUCCACCUCGACAGACUCCGCCAACUCUCCUCCAGAGGUAUCCCGAACCACCCCCCGCAUCUCCGCCCCUUGGUAUAUUCGCUCCUCCUCGAGAUAGUGCCGCCAGAGAAGGAGCUAUGGAGCAAGUCGAUGAGGGAUCAGAGAAGACGUUACCACGUGCGCCUUUGCCAGAAUACUAGCUAAGUACCCAGCUGAUUUCAGCAGAGCCUGGUAGACACUCUUAUGAAUGAGCUGGAUCGCCCGGAAUCCUCCUCGUCUGCCAACUUGGGGGUAGACGACUUGUUGUCGAGCAUAGCCCGCGACACCCGCGGCCUUUCAACAGACUUCUGGCACCGCCCCGUGUCAUAUCGAAAUUCAUCGCCUUUGCGUCCACUCUGUAGUGAAGACAGCAUGGGGCAGGUACGCAGGAUCAGCGAAGAGAGCGACGAGGAAAGCGAAGAUGAAGACACCCCGGUACCACUUCUCUCUCGAAGGUCCCUGUUUCAGCGACUGGAGACCAUUUCUGCGAGAGAACACCAGGCGCCUAUAAUCACAGCCACCCCACCCGUCGCACCCCCAUCGCCUCCAGAGUCCCCUGCCGCCUUACUAUCCCCUAAAAUCACACUCUCACUAGAUCCUUCCUCUGCUUCGCCUAUCCUCUCAAGGCUCAACAGUAAACGCCCUGCUCCUCUAGAAACCUCCGGUCUCAAACCCGCAGGGGAGGGUGAACAGCCGUCCCCAAUUGUCUUGCAUUCUCCCAAACCUUUGCCCAAUGGGUCAACUCCCCACCUACCCCCGGCGUUGUUCCAUCCCGACGACAACAGGGAAGCCGUCACACGACUGGUCUAUGUCUUUAGCCGGACAAAUCCUCAGUGGACGUAUCGGUCGUCUCUGAUCGACAUUGCUAGCCACCUGUACAUCAUCUACUCUGGUGGAAUGCAAAGCCGGACGCGGUCGAACGACUUGGUCCUAGACUGGGCUGAGGAGUAUACUUUCUGGGCGCUGUCCGCCUUGAUUGGAGAUAUCGAUACGUUGGUGGAUGAAGAUGGGAUCUACAGCACUAUGAACAAAUUCGAACGCCGAUUGGAAUGGAUGAAUCCGCCCCUCUCCUCCAUACUUCGCGACCGGAGUGUAGAGCCACACCUAUACGUCAACCGCUGGUUCACCUCACUCUUUACCAAAGAUAUACCGCAAAUCAGAGUCCCUCUUCUGUUUGAUUAUGUCCUGUCGGAAAAGCUGUCGACGCCGGGGAGUCAGGCGAAAGUGGAUAGAGUGGUGGAUAUAGGCGUGGCGAUGGUGCUUCUUGUCAAAGAUCAGUUGGUCAAGCCGCCUCCCAAGAAACCGAAUCGCUCGCACCAGAGUCAAAGUAUGUGGGACGACGCCCUCGACCAGGAUGAAGCAGACAACGAGGAUAUCAGUGUCGCUCUCGGCCGCAAUCUGCGACUCCUCAGGGCUUAUCCCCUGAAAGAUGUGGGUGGGCUGGGGGCAGUGUUGAGUGAGGCAGAAGAUUUGGGUUUGGAGAGGAUGAAGUCGCUCCAAGAGGGGGUGGACCCUGACAGGGUAACCUUACCACCAAAGCGGUCUUUUUUUGUUGCGACUCCUUCAAGACCUGCUGCAGAAUCUUCUUGGGGUAAGGCUGUCGGUUCUCUGUGGUCUUCCUUCAAGACACCGUCACCCUCGAAACAGCAGAGCCAUUCAGCUCUGCGCAAGCUCGAGCUCGAAGCGAGCGUGUUUGAGCACCAAUCACCUGCCUCUUCCACCACAUCUCUCCCUCAAAGCUCGAAGCCUAGGAGCGACAGCAUGGCUUCCACCACCUCCGUCACCCUCCCAGCAACGCUUCAGGAAAAGUUUGCUAGCCUCUCCAAACACUUUUCGCCCGGCUCCAAACAAGACAGCAACAAGCCGGAGACGCCUUCAAGCCUGCCCAGGCCUCUGCUAUUGUCGGGUUCUGCCAAGACUAGAAGGCCGAGUCAUUCUCAGCCGAGGUCGAGAGAAGGGUCCCUUUCGAGCGCUUCUCCCCGACACUCGCCUUCUAUCGAUGGGCUGCCAAAUUCCGCAUAUUCUCCGUCUCGUUUCUCAAAUACAUCCUCACCUCCGGGACCAGCUGAGCUCAGCGACCCGUUGAGCCCACCACAAAGAGGGAGAUUUGGCAAUAUAUCCGCUGGGUAUCCUAGCCGCCCCAAUUCGCUCCAUGAGCAUACACCAGGGGGCCUGUAUAGAAUAGGCAGUCGGCAGAGGAGUUCGUUCGUGCAAGAGCCGACGUUGGCAAAGGACAUCACAAUGGCGCUGGAGCAGAAGGAAAGAGGAUGUGACCAAUCCCAAGGGGCUCAGACUGCAAAGGAUGAUCGCGAGCCAGGGGAUGCAGAGCAAUGCAUAUAAGCACAGGGUCUGUAGGGUAUCUUGGGUAUCUUGGGUAUCUUGACUAUUUUGGGAUCUUUGCCUAUCCAUAUUUACAUGUAUUUUGUAUGACAACAGAAGUGCCAACUAUAUAUCUCUAUCUCACCCGUGGUUAGGGAUUCCCUCGGAUAGUAGACGUUAACCGACAUCGAUAGUACUGUACAGAUCAUAAUGCACCCAGGGGAUCCCAGCUUUCGUCAUUCUCCUUCCGUCUUUCUGUCGCUUCCACACUCCCCUGCACCGCCGCAUCAUUCGUUGAUUUAUCUUUUAUACUCAAGCCGGACAAGGAAGGAAUCGGGGUAGGCGCGGUCGCCCAUGGAUUACUUGUAGUAGUUCUGCUUGGCCCCGGGCGAACCGCCACUGCAGGAAUUGACGGAACGAGGUCUGGGCGAGCGGGGGAAGAUACGGGUGGUGAUCUCGGGGACUCAGAAGCCCACGGGUUGGCUUCCGAGGGAACUCUCAGGUCCAUUCGCGACAGCCCCGUUGACGGCGCAACAGGCCCCGAACCUCUGGUCACCCCGGAGCCUAACCUUUUACGGUCAUCCUCCCUCCCCCAACCAUUUCUUUCCAGCUCAUCUGCCUCAGCUUUGAUCUGCGCGAAAGCGUCGGUGGAAAUGGUGCGGAAAUCUCGAGCAGCAGAUUGAACAGCGUUGAAAGCGGUGCCAGAUAUCUGAGACCAGUUCCACGACUUGGGACCCGGAGAC